AUAAUCCAUAGAUGUUCUAGUUUAUUGAUGGCAAAAUGUAAAUAAUUGUCGGGUCUUAUCGAUGAAUAAAACUAUUUGUGGGACAUUUUGUUGAUUUACAACCUAAAAGCAAUCAAAUUAUAUUUGCUUCCGACUUAAGCGUCUUAUUGAUCCUGUGAUAUUAAACACGCCAAGUUAGGAAUAAACCAAGCAAAAUUAGUAAUUACUCAGCUUGUAAGCGACAAUGUAGUUUUGAAGAAACAGCAGCAACGGAAACGGCUUUUGAGAAACCUGUUUCAACACUGACGUACACCAUAAGAAGUAACAUUGAAAAUGUCUGCGGAAGAGAGUAGCAUACUACAGCGAUAUUCAGAGGCAAAAAUCCGUGAAUUACGAGAGGCAUUUCGUCUGUUUGAUAAAGAUGGAGACGGAUCCAUAAGUACAGAUGAACUAGGAACAGUUAUGAGAAAUCUGGGGCAAUUCCCAUCAUCUGACGAAAUAUCACAAAUGAUUAAGGAAAUAGAUAUUGAUGGCGAUGGGACGUUCAGUUUUGAAGAAUUUGUACAAGUAAUGGCCAACAUGGGAGGUAUCAGUGAACAAUCAGAGGAGGAUGAGGAAGAGGAACUCAGACAAGCAUUUAGAGUUUUUGACAAAUCUGGAUGUGGUUACAUUACGGCAUCAGAUCUCAGGGCAGUAUUGCAAUGCAUCGGUGAAGAUUUAACAGAGGAUGAAAUUGAUGAAAUGAUUGCUGAAGUAGAUAUUGAUGGAGAUGGAAGAAUAGAUUUCGAUGAAUUCAUUGCAUGCAUGUGUGAAGAUGCACCACAGAAGUCAACAGCAUGAUUUUUCAUAUUGAGUACAUUUAAAUGCAAUGAGUUUGGACAUUGGUAGUGUCAUCUAAUAAUAGUAGGACAUUCAGCAAUAUAAAAGGAUGACCGACUUCAGUAAUACUUGUUUUUUUUAUUAUGUAUUUAAUAAAUACUUACUUUCUCUUUAUAAACGGUUAAUAUAAAAUAAUAAAUAUAUACAUGUA